GGCGAUGUCACGUCAAUACCAGGAGCAGGUGUUGUACGCCCGCUUAAAUUUCACAUGACACCUAACUGUGCAGCAGUGGAUUCUUGGAAAAUGGCAGUUUGUGAUGAAUCGUUUGCCCAGGUUGUCAUUAGAGGCAGAAAGGAUGAGGCUAUGACAAUGAUGAGAUCUGAUGACGUCACAAACAACAGAAUUACGUCAGACUCAUCAGGUUCAACGGGAGCAUUCAAUGUGAUUUUAGGAGAAUCCUACACGUACUUAGUCAAGUUCAAUUCCGAACUUCCAACGACCUUUUCUUUAACGGGGCUUGGAAUGCAGAAAGGAAAAAAUGUCGUUGUGGGCAUAUGUGUUCCAAAGGACGUGACAUUCAGGCUGAGCACUAACACCCCAGCACGGAAGGCUGCAUCUUCUGUAACAAGCCUGGCUGCGUUAAAGUCGGACACUACGGGCACAAAAUAUUUUCUCGAUGACGACGCAGG